GUAGUGAGAGUAGACGUCGGAACGCUCUCUCCUGGUACCCACCCUGAUGCGACAGAAAAGUGCAGGAGAUUGUCUUAGGAGAUAAUGAAGUGAUGUGAGGAAAUUAUGCCACUGGACAACAUAUAUAUGAGAUAUAGCAUGUUUAUCAUACACGAUAAACAUUUUAAGUAGUAAAUAGGAGUUUGCGAGUGUGGUUCUUAGUAGUGACUGAAGGGAAGAGUAGUCUAUAGUCCCCGUAGUACUAUUGUAACAAUGGAUGUGAAAUGUUAUAAAUAUAUCUUAACUCUUCUACUCGUCGCAGUCAACACAUAUGGGCUGGUGGGCGGCCUGCACAUCACCAACGUCAACCUCCCGACGCCCCUCGCGGUGGGCGAGGGCGGGUGGCUGGAGUGCGACUGGGCGGACGACGGCGACAAGAUCUACGCCCUCAAGUGGUACCUCGGCCUCGACGAGUUCUACCGUUGGACGCCCGCGGAGACGCCGCCCGUCAAGACGUUCAGCAUGAGCGGCAACCCCCUGGCGGUGGACGUGGACGCCUCCCACAGGGGCCGCGUCCGCAUCCAGGGCGUGACGCUCGGCGCCGCCGGCGUGUUCCGCUGCGAGGUGUCCGCAGAGGCGCCGUCCUUCCACACCGAGUCGCAGGUCGCCAACAUGGUCGUCGUCGACCUCCCCGACGGAAAGCCUAUCAUCACGGGCGUCCAGGAGAGUUACCAGAUGCACGACAAUGUCAAUCUCAACUGCACUUCCUUCCACUCCCAACCGGCGGCUGAACUCACCUUUUACAUCAACGGCGGACAGGCUGAUCCCUCAUGGCUCGUACGUUACACACCCCACGAAGACCCGACGACCGGCCUCGAAACGUCCAUGUUGGGUCUCAAGUUCCCUCUUUGGCCCAGACUCUUCCGGAGGGGCAGCACCGUCACCGUCAAGUGCACGGCGUCCAUUCUCAAUAUGUACUUCGACAGCAGCGAGGCCGUCAUUCAGAGUGAUAUGCCUUACCACGCCUCCAUCAUGGAAGGGCGCGCGGCUGCUGCUACGGACUCUAUAUACACAAGGAGCAAAGUGCUGAGUGUGGUGUUCUCGACUCUCUUCCUCCUAGCGAUUUUCCACUAGCGCUGAGGGACACGAGUGCAAAGGGAAAGUGAUGGAAACAAAGAGAGAAAUGGAAAAAAAGAGAAAGAAAGAAAGAAUGAAAACCAGUGUAAUGAAAGGAAAAAAAAACAGUCUUUGUCGAGUGCUAUAUAUAAAUCAGGGAGGUAAUUUAAAUUUUAAGUUUUAGGAACUUGAUAAUGAUGACAAACACAUGUCAGACUUGAACACUCUGAAUAGCAAAAUGAGAGUGAAAAAGAUAUAUAUAAACUUCAUUAUGAAGAAAAAUGUACGACGAUACUUGGUUUCUUAUUUUAAAGUAGUGAAUAUUCGAGAAAAAAAUAAUGCUUGAUACUCAUACUAGUCAUAUACAUCUGGUUCAGUGAAUGAUGCUAAAGAUAAAUGGAUAAAAUUGAAUAGAACUAAACAAAACAGGACAAAAAAAUAAAUAAAUAAAUAAAUGGGGGGGAAACGAGGAUCAAAGAAAAAAAAUCAUAUGAAACAAAAUGUAAAUAUUUUACGUCCUCCCCUGUUUGUGCACGCGCGGGUGAUUGAGCGUGUGUGUGUGUGUGUGUGUGUGUGUGUGUGUGUGUGUGUGUGUGUGUGUGUGUGUGUGUGUGUGUGUGUGUGUGCGCGCGUGUGUCUGUGAGGAAGUCCAGGGCGUGUAUCAUUAUUUUUUAUUGAAAAAAAAAUAAAAAACAAUAGAUUGUAGGAAUUAAGAUAGCUUUAAGGCCAUUAUUAUUAUACUAUUAUUUAUUGUAUAAAAAAGAAAGAAAUUUUAUCUUUUUACUAUAAUUAUAUAUUCAUAACUUAAUGUUUAGAAAAGUCAUUUUAAGUCAGAUGUGUGUGGAGUCGGUAGAGAAAUUGCAGACACGAUUAAGACAGAUCGAGAAGAAAGAAGGCAAGAACCUACUCAGCGGGUGGUUCGUUCGAAGUCACUUUCCAUCAGUUUUAUUUCUUGAGUUUGUCAGCCUCUCCUUAUACAUUGGUUGAAGGUACAAGCACACGCGCACACACACAGAGACAUGCACACACACACAAACGUGUACACACA